AUGUAUAAUCAGACGCACGCGCAACAAGGACAGCACGGCAUGCUGAACGGCAACUCUCACCAGCGCUUUGCGAUGCAGAUGAACCUGGCCAAGUUCCAGCAGCACCAAAACCAUCAGCAUCAGAACCACCAGCACCCCCAGCACCAAGACCACGGUGCGCACGGCGGACACGGAGCAAACUUUGGCAACCACCAGCACAACAUGUCGAAUGGAGUUCUGGGAAACACGACACCGCACUUUGGGGCCAAUCACCUGCAAAAUGGCACUCCAGGAAGCGUCCACAGUAGCUUGGCGAAGGCGCCAAACGAGCACUGGGCGCUGCAGCUGCAGUAUGCGCAGCAUGCCCGUGAGAUGACCAUGUCUCACUCCCACGCUCGUAACCACCCAUCGACAAACAAGGGAGUAGCGGCUGCACAGGCAAAUGGAAUUGCGAAGGAGCCUGAGAAGGAAGAGCGCCAUCGAGCUGCAAAGGACAACAAUGACAAGGAUGACUCGCAGAUAUGGAAGGCCCUGGAUCUCGGUGGCCAGAAUCUCAAAGUUCUCUCUCCGGCUCUUUUUGACUACACCUUCCUUACUAAGCUUUAUCUGAACUUCAACAAGCUCACUUUCCUCUCUCCCGCUAUUGGAAGGCUUAGAAACUUGAGGGAGUUGGAUCUAUCCUUAAAUGACCUCCGUACGCUUCCUCCUGAAAUCGGUAUGCUAGUCAAUCUGCGUGAGCUUUUGCUCUUCGACAAUAACAUUGAGACCCUGCCCUACGAGAUGGGCUCCUUGUAUCAAUUGGAAAUGCUCGGUAUCGAGGGCAACCCCAAUCUUGACGAUCAGCUUAAGGGCAUCAUCGUCGAGCACGGCACGACCGAGCUCGUCAAGUACCUGCGCGAGCAAGCGCCGGGACCGGAUCCGCCCACGGAACGUGACUGGAUCGUCCUCGAUGACACACCGGCUAGCCCGGAAGACAAGUUCCAGGUUCUCAGCUACAACAUUCUUUGCGAUCGGAUGGCUACACAGUCGCACUACGGAUACACGCCAUCUGGAGCCUUGUCUUGGGAGCACAGAAGGGAUCUCAUCCUGCAGGAACUGCGCAGUCGCCAACCCGACAUCAUCUGCCUCCAAGAGAUCGACUCGGAGAGCUACAAUGAGUACUUCCGCCCGGCACUGGCUCACAACGACUACAAGGGCGUCUACUGGCAGAAGUCGAGGUCUAGGACUAUGGCUGAAAAGGAAGCCAAGUUUGUUGACGGAUGUUGUAUCUUCUACAAGAACAGCAAGUUCAUCCUCCUUGACAAAAAGCUCCUCGACUUUGCCAACCUGGCCAUCAAUCGACCUGAUAUGAAGGGCGAGCACGACAUUUUCAACCGUGUCAUGCCCAAGGACAACAUCGCUGUGUCAGCAUUCUUUGAGAACCGCCAAACCGGAGCGCGCCUCAUGGUAGUGAACGCGCACGUCUACUGGGACCCUAUCUUCAAGGAUGUCAAGGUCAUUCAGGCGGCCAUUCUUAUGGAACAGAUCCACAAAAAUGCGGAGGAGUAUGUCGCGUGGGCACCAUGCACCGACAAGGCCGUCUACAAAUAUGCCAAUGGUGACGACGAGGGUGACGCGGAACCUGCGGAACCCUUGCCGGAACCAGCGCCUUCAAUGACUUACACCGAGCCUCAGCAAAUUCCGCUGGUGCUGUGCGGUGAUUUCAACUCGACACCUGACUCUGGAGUCUACGAGCUGAUUGCCCAGGGAGCCCUCUCCAGCGGCCACGCUGAUCUUGGCAACUACAAGUAUGGCCAGUUCACGAAGCAAGGAAUGUCUCAUCCUUUCAGCCUCAAGUCUAGCUACUCGAACAUCGGCGAGCUCAGCUUCACCAACUACACGCCCGGCUUCACCGGGGUCAUCGACUACAUCUUCUACGCGACAAAUGCGCUCAACGCCACCGGCCUCCUGGGAGAAGUUGACAAGGAGUACAUGCAACGUGUGCCCGGAUUCCCGAACUUCCACUUCCCCAGCGACCACUUGGCGCUGCUGGCGGAGUUCGUGUUCAAAAGCCGAAAAGAGAGAAAGACUGUAGAGGCAGACUUUGGGCCGCAACGAGACCGUCGUUAG